AUGGUAAGUGAUUUGGAUAAUGUUGAGAAAAGCCCUGAGGAUUAUCUAGUUCUUAGAGAGUUCUUGGAUGUUUUUCCUGAAGACCUAACUAAGUUACCACCGAAAAGGGAGUUUGAUUUUUCUAUAGAACUCUUACUUGGAGUGGAGCCACAAUCUAAGGCUCCAUAUACAAUGACAACCAUGGAAUUAUAUGAUCUUAAGGCUCAAUUGCAAGAAUUGCUUAGGCAAGGUCUCAUUAGACCUAGUGUAUCCUUGUGGGGUGCACCAAUGAUCUUCAUAAAGAAGGAUGGUACUUUAAGGUUAUGUAUUGAUUAUAGGAUGUUAAACAAAGUAACUAUCAAUAAUACAUAUCCUUUGCCAAGGAUACAUGAACUAUUUGACCAAAUGAAAGGUGCCACGGAAAAGGUGCAUUACUUAGGUCAUGUUAUAAUUGCUGAAGGAAUUUCAGUUGAUCCUGCAAAGAUAGAGGAAAUUGUGGAUUGGCCAACACCUCAAAAUGUUUCAAAGAUCCGAAGUUUUAUGGGUCUUGUAGGAUAUUACAAGAACAUUCCGCCUGAGCUCAGUCUUCUCACAAGUUUGAAGUACCUCUACUUGGGCGUUAACAAUCUCACUGGUACCAUUCCGCCCUCUUUCAAAAACCUGUCCGCCUUAGUUGAAUUGGAUUUGAGUGUAAAUGAGCUCUAUGGUCCAAUUCCUCCUGAAUUGUGCAUGCUUACUCACCUACGGCUUCUUUACCUUUUUAACAGUAACUUAUCUGGCACCAUUCCCAGCUCUAUCGGAAAUAUAUCCGCCUUAGUUGAAUUGGCUUUGAACCAAAAUGAGCUCUAUGGUCCCAUUCCUCCUGAAUUAUGCAUGCUCACUCACCUACGGUUUCUUUACCUUUUUGAAAAUAACUUAUCUGGCACCAUUCCCAGCUCUAUCGAAAAUAUGUCCGCCUUAGUUGAAUUGGACUUGGCCGACAAUGAGCUCUAUGGUCCAAUUCCUCCUGAAUUGUGCAUGCUCGCACACCUACGGCUUGUUUACCUUUUUGAAAAUAACUUAUCAGGCACCAUUCCCAGCUUUAUCGAAAAUAUGUCCGCCUUAGUUGAAUUGGACUUGAGCCGAAAUGAGCUCUAUGGCGCCAUUCCAUGGGAAAUUGGUACCAAGCUCUCUGACUUGAAAUUUCUCAAUUUAAGGGGAAAUCAGCUUAGUGGACACAUACCAAACUCUCUUGGAAAUUGUUCCAGUCUUGAAGUACUUGAUUUAGAUACAAACCAACUCGGUGGAACGGUUCCGAUGGAGCUGGGUAAGUUGAAUUUUCUAACCCGGCUUCUCCUACACACCAAUCAACUUGUGAGUGACAGCAGUAACACAUUGGCCUUUCUCACUGCUCUCACAAAUUGCUCCCAUUUGCGACAAAUAACCCUAGGAAACAAUUCUUUCACUGGUAUAUUGCCCACAUCCAUAGGCCAACUGUCUUCCAAUCUCAAUUUCUUGGCUUUACAAAUCAAAAUGAUAAGCGGAAGCAUACCACAACAGAUUGUCAAUCUGACAAACUUGACCUACUUAAAUUUAGGCGUUAAUCUUUUCAGCGGCAAUAUUCCUUCUCGAAUUAAAAGAUUCCAUGUGUUGGAAGAAUUGAUUUUGCAAAGCAACAAUUUUGAAGGAGCCAUUCCAAGUGAGAUAGGUCAAAUGCAACAUCUAGGACUCUUAUCUCUUCAUCACAAUCAGUUAUCCGGAAAAAUACCAGAUUCUCUUUGUCAAUCCCAGCAGUUGAGACGUCUCUAUCUUCAUCACAACAAGUUAUCAGGGGAGAUCCCCGUUAGUCUGGAGGGAUGCCAGAAGUUGGAGCUCCUUGACUUAUCUUACAAUAAACUAGGGGGAAAGAUACCUGUUGAAGUCAUUGCCAGCCUUAAAAACCUGCAAUUCUACCUCAAUCUUUCAUGGAAUUCUCUGCAAGGUACCUUGCCACGGGAGAUGAGUAAAAUUGUAAUGGCUCAAGCCAUAGAUGUAUCUGGAAAUAGGCUUACUGGGGUCAUUCCGAUUUCUCUAGGAGAUUGCACAGCAUUAGAGCGUCUAAAUCUGUCCCACAACGUCUUUGUAGGUCAAAUACCAGAUUCACUCUCCAAAUUACGAAAUCUCCUAGAAAUGGAUCUUUCUUUCAAUAAUUUUUCAGGGCAGAUUUCAGAAGAAGGGUUGUUUCCAAAUAGCACUGUUGUAAUAUUGUUGAUGGGGAACACUGGACUAUGUGGCCCAAAAAAUUAUUCAUUGCCUCCCUGCGCAAAUCUGACCCAGAGAAAACAUUUCCCACUCAAAAAAGUAGUCUUAUCAGUUGCUGGAACCAUCGGAUUUGUAUUAUGCUGCUUCAUUAUAGGAAUUGUAUGGAGGCUUAAACUUUCAAGGCAACAAGUCCGUACCUCAAGCUUUAUUUUUCAAAGGCUGGGCUAUCCAAAAUUCUCUCAUCAAGAUCUUGUCAUUGCGACAUCUGGAUUUGAUGAGUCAAACUUGCUUGGCGCGGGUAACUUUGGAUCUGUCUACAAAGGCAUCUUGAGGGAUGGUAAGAUUGUUGCCAUCAAGAUUCUUAAUUUGCAAAAUGAAGAGGCUCAGAAGAGUUUUAAAAGAGAGUGUAAAUUGUUAGGGAGGAUUCGGUACCGUAACCUGAUUAGAAUCACAAGUGCAUUUUUCUACCCUGACUUGAAAGAUUUGGUUCUUGAAUUUGCAUGUAAUGGAAGCUUGGAAAAACAUUUGCACCCUGACAGGGAUGAUGAAGGCUUUUGUAAAUUGGGAUUCAGUGAGUGUUUGAGCAUUGCUGUAGAUGUAGCCCAUGGCAUGGAAUACUUACAUCAUAACUGUCCUCUACAAAUUGUGCACUGUGAUUUAAAACCUAGCAAUGUGCUCUUGGAUGCCAACAUGACAGCCCUUGUCACUGAUUUUGGUAUAUCCCGUUUAACUACUACAAAUUCCAUAGAUUCACUCAGUACAACAACUUUUGCACUUAGAGGAUCUAAUUGAUAUAUUGCUCCAGAGUAUGGAUUGGGUGGGAAUGUUUCUAUCAAGGGAGAUGUUUACAGUUAUGGAAUUCGGAUAUUAGAGAUGGUUACAAGGAAGAGGCCAAGUGAUGACAUGUUUGUGGGAGACAUGAGCUUGCAGAAGUGGGUGAGGUCAGCUUUUCCAGACAGACUGGCAGAAAUUGUUGAUAGCGGGCUAUGGAGAGAUGUGAAUGAAAACAUGGAAGACAAUAAAUGUUUAAUUUCUUUCAUUCAUGUUGGUUUGCUUUGUAGUAGUGAAUCACCAAGAGAAAGGCCAUCCAUAAUAGAUGUAGGCAAUGCCUUGGAGAGGCUGAAGACAUCUUUGAUGGGAGGUGCAGCUGCUUCCAAUUUAACAUCCACCAUAUCAGAACUCCUGGAGAAUACCAAUCCCACAGGAACAGGAACAGGAACAUUAGCAUCUGACAGUCAAAGUUCUACAUUUUAGAUGUUUGUAACUUCCAUUAAGAAGUUUUAGUCCUUUAUGUUUGACAAUUUCAAAUUUGUCUUCUUUCCUGUCAA